GACUGUGGUCCCGAAGAUCCUGAUGGUUCUAUCUGCUCGUGUAACUUGAUGCUGCACAGGCGCACAGUCUCAUUGAACGAAGCAGUGAUGUAGGAAGUGUGACCAAUGCAAGGUUGACCGAUCUAGGUCGAUAAUCUGUGGUGCAAAUCUCCAGUCAGCCUCCAUGUCCGAGGACAAUCAGGUCAGCCGAUCGUUAUGCUACUUACCUCCUCAGCUGUACUUCCUGCUCAAGUCAAAACUAUAUUUCUACCAUACCCGCCACUGUGAAGCGUACUUCCACAACCGCCCUCGCCUGUCUUUCAUCUAUCUUAAGUUAUACACGGCGAGAAUGCCUUCGGACACUUACUAUCCACCCAGCGAUCUUAUCAAUAUUGACCACCUUCCAAUCAUUCGCAAUCACCUUUGCAUCUCGCUGUCUAAUCCAACUCUUGUGACAACGGAGCUCUUAACCUUACGCCAGGUGGCCCAUCAACGCAAGCAGAAGGAAGCUGUGAACUCGAACUAUCAACUUGGCACGAAUGCGAUGCGAUUCCUCACAAAGAUCAGAUCAUUCUGCACUAUUUCGUUUGGGAAGCACGGAUCCCUCUCUGCGAAUGGUGCCCCGCCAGCUUGUAUUUCGCUGUCCGACUUGACUCUUGGAACAUCUGAGGUCUUUUCCUUACCCCAGGUGGCCCGCCAAUGUAAGCAGGAGGCUAUGAACUCGAACUACCGACCUGGCGAGACUGCGAUGCGAUACCUCACGAAAAUCUGCACAAUUGCGUGCAGGAAACCUGGAUUCCCCCCGCCGAACUGUGUCCAACCGUCGUACAACUUUCUGUCUGAUGCCCCGGAGACUAUCAUAAUCAUCCAUUCUGUUAGUUCGUUGGCAACGACAGAUGCGGACGACACCUUCGUCACUGCGGACGAGUACAUCCACGUCCCCAAUCUCGCACCCUUAGCAAGUGAAGUUGUCAGAGAAGAACUGUACAUCCGCGGUUAUCUCAAACGACCUGAUAAGGACAGUCGGUUUCUCCGCCAGCCACGGUGUAUUGUCAUUCCACGGCUACUCCAGGUACUCCAUGACCGCUGGCCGAAGCAAGUCGCAGCUAUCCCCGUAUCCCCCAAGAGCCCUCAACACCUAUCUCCACAGGCUAUUGGCCGGCGUGGGGGACUGACUGUUGCAAAAGCGCUCAAGUCUGCCAAUAUUGAGGAGAAUCCUCUUACGCCCAUUUUGACGAGAUCAUCUCCUAGUGAUCAGUCGAUCUACUGGUCUUGCAAGUCGCCACAGACGGCCCUCAAUUCAUCUCCAUCUCCUUUGGCCCAAGAAACCUCUAUGUCGACUACCCAGUUUUGUGAUUUCUGUGAACACUCGUACAUCACGUUGCAUACUACACCGCCCUCGUCACCGGAGCUCGCGGGCCUGAGUGAGAAGGACGUUCUGGAUACGACGAGCCCCUUCUCUGAAGCGGCUCUGUGGUCCUUGGCGCCCCGAGUUGCGUUGAUGAAGGCGAAGCAUUCGUCUAUGGAGGUGGAUGCGAGGAGUUUUCAAAGGUUGCGGUAUGGGGAAGUCUGCCACCACAUUCUUGUCUGA